AAAAGUAGAACCUUCCUUGAUAAUUCCUUAUCAUCCGGAAUUAUUCCAAAAUACAACCGGCAACUCGUAAUUUUUAUUUAUACAGCAUUCUUCUCUAUAAAAUGUCGAUUUUCCCAAUUUAAACACAAUGAUUAACAAGUUUUUCAUUAAAUGGGCGGUCCAUGGGGCCAAAAUUCACAAAUCCUGGCAUUCCUGUAGAUGCAUAAGGAGAUAUCAAACAUCAACCAGCCAAUUAGAGGAUCAAAUAAAAGUUUACAGAUCAAGACUUGAGGCGAUUCCAGUAGAAAACAUAAGAAAUUUUAGCAUAAUUGCCCACGUUGACCACGGAAAGAGCACAUUAGCCGAUAGGCUCUUGGAGAUAACGGGUUCUCUCUGUCCAGACCCAACGAAUAAGCAAGUCCUCGACAGGUUGCAGGUUGAAAAGGAAAGAGGAAUAACAGUCAAGGCCCAGACAGCGUCGCUGAUCUACGAACACCUUGGACAAGACUACCUUCUCAAUCUAAUCGACACGCCUGGGCACGUCGACUUUUCCAACGAAGUUUCCAGGUCACUUGCGGCUUGUCAAGGAGUCAUCUUGCUCGUUGACGCCAAUCAAGGCGUCCAAGCACAGACUGUGGCCAAUUUUUAUUUGGCGUUCACUAAAGAGCUUGUAAUUAUACCUGUUUUAAACAAAGUUGACCUUAAGAAUGCAGAUCCUGAAGGUACUAUAUUACAACUUCAAAAUGUUUUCUGUAUACAGCCAGAGGAAGUACUGAAGGUAUCUGCGAAGUAUGGAACUGGAGUGCCUGAUGUCCUCAAAGCGAUGAUUGAAAGAAUCCCUCCACCACUAUCAGAUGUGUCUAAACCAUUACAAGCUCUUCUGUUUGAUAGUUGGUACGAUAAAUAUAGAGGAACGAUUGGACUAAUUUAUGUCAAAAAUGGUGAAUUGAAUGUAGGGGAUCAAAUUGAAUGGUGCCACUCAGGUAAAGAAUUUAUUGUGAAGACGCUCGGUGUUCUCAGCCCUGAAGAGGUCAGCACUCUUAAACUAAAAGCUGGGCAAGUCGGAUGCUUGAGUUGUGGCAUGAAAGCGACAGAAGCCAGCAUCGGUGACACUUUAUGCCAUGCGAACAAUUUAGUCGAUCCAUUAGAAGGUUUCGUUCCUGCUCGGCCGAUGGUUUUUGCAGGUGUGUUUCCUUUCGAUCAGUCACAGCUGCCACAACUAAGGAACGCCAUUGAAAAACUAACACUCAAUGAUAAUGCUGUCUCUGUUAAAAUGGAUUCAAGUCCUGCUCUCGGACAAGGCUGGAGAUUGGGUUUUCUCGGGCUUCUACAUAUGGAGGUUUUCAACCAAAGGCUGGAACAAGAGUAUGAUGCUCAAGUCAUACUCACCUCGCCCAGUGUGACAUACAAAUUUAUACUACAGAAUUCAGAUGCAGUUUUACAAAAAUAUGGCAGCAGGGAAAUAUUCAUCUCCAAUCCUGUCAACUAUCCUGAUCCAACGCAUAUCGUAGAAAUGUUAGAACCAAUUGUCAAAGGGACCAUCAUCACACCAGAUGUGCAUUUUGGAGAUGUAAUUUCCCUUUGCAUGGAAAGGCGAGGGAUACAAGAAACCGCAGUCAACAUUGACAACAAAAGAAUAAUGAUGGAAUUCACUUUGCCUUUGAAUGAAAUACUCGUCGAUUUUCACGAUAAACUGAAAUCAGUAACAUCUGGUUUCGCCAGCUUUGAUUAUGAAGACAAAGGCUAUUGGACGACCAACUUGGUUAAGCUCAAUAUAUUAUUAAAUGGUGUGGAAGUCGAUGAACUGAGCACCAUCGUCCAUUUGUCCAAAGCGGCCACCAUUGGCAGACAGAUGUGUCACAAGUUGGUCGAUAUUAUCCCACGGCAGCAAUUUCAUAUUGCUAUACAAGCAAAAGUAGGUGGAAAAAUUGUUGGAAGGGAGAACAUUAAACCUUACAGAAAGGAUGUUACUGCAAAACUAAAGAGUGGAGGAGAUGUCCAAAGAAGGAACAAACUCUUACAGCAGCAGGCAGAAGGUAAAAGGAAACUAAAGAUGGUCGCUAAUAUUGCCUUACCAAGAGACACUUUUAUACAGGCUUUGAAACGAUAAUCCCUGUAAAUAUUAUCUUAUACAGAAACUGUAAAUAAAGUAAUUUUUUAUGCAAA